UUUGAUUAGUUUACCCUUCUUUUUUUUUUGGCUCCACACCACUAGCAGAGACGUUCCUUGUGCUGGUGGAGACAUUUGUGACCAAAGGCUGAUCCCGUAUAAAUAUGAGAGGGUGUGGAGACCAACAGGUCACUCGUGAGGAACUAGCCAUCCGGGCAGCUGUGCUGUGAGGAGGAACCAUAAGGAAGCACACAGAGUAUUUACCAUGGAUUUACUGCAGCCAUGCCUGCUGCUCGUUCUGCUGGCCCUGAACUUAUCCUUGGCGGCUGUGCUGAACAAACAUGCGGAGCACAGGAACUUGUUCGCCCUAAGAGCCUGCUGCAGAAGACAGACUCACUUUGUUUACAUCGGCCAAGACAUUGCUGGUAGUCCUGUGAGUGUGGAUGUGGGCCUGUGCAGAACGCAUUGUGGGGUGGUACCAAGCAGGACAUCAUCUGAGGCUGGACUAUAUUCCAAACACUCCUCCAUGUUGGAAUACCUCCGGAGCAAAAAGGUGAGGGUGCGUGAACCUGCCACUGCAGCAAAUAACGAGCGUUCUGGUCAAGCUCCGUCCUGCGGGGUGAACCAUAACUGUGCACCGACCGGCAUGAGGGUUGAGCGUGUGCUGCUGUUCGAGGGUCCCCGCGAGGUGGAGGUCAUAGACGAUUGCCAAUGUGAAAACAAACUCACCCAAUGUGUCCGUGUUCCCGCUCUCAAAACCUACUUCUUCGAGACACCAUAUGAGAACGUCAUCGAUGUGGGAAGCUGUGCGAGUUUGCAAAGUUCUCCAGAUGGGUUCUCCUGUGUGCCCACUAAAUUUGACUCUGCCUUGGUGAAGACACCUAACAAGGUAGACCUGAUUCAGACGGUGCAGGCUUGUGAGCUAAAGGAGAGCUGCUACAGAGUUCCCUAUGUGGAGUAUUACUAUGAGGUAGUCUACCAUGCUGAUGGAGUGAAAGAGGAAAAACUCAAGGAAAUAGACGUAGGCAGAUGUCUCGGCGGCUGCACCACAGGAAACCGCUGUCUUCUCAGGAGCCCCUCAGAUUCCGAAGCGUGCCAUCUAUGGGCAGAGAGACCUACCAACUCUUGUCUCCCUCAGGGCUACGACAGCCACAUAUUCCUCAACCAGCACGGCCAGAUCCGCACUGUCCUCUCCAUCUCCUCCUGUCUGUGUCAGUCCUGAACCAGUCCUCAGCAUGAUGCCCUCUAGUGGAGCACAAAACAACAACAACAACAACAGGAAUCCCCUGAAAUGAGAGUCUUCUGUCCAGUCAGAUUCAGAAACAACUGCUACAGUGCCCAACCCCUCAGAAGUAAAAUAAAUGUCAGUGAUCUUGAUUGGUAAAAAGCAAUUCAUGAUUUUUGCCAUUUGCCUAAAUGCAGCAUUAAGGUGCCCAAGGAUUUGGGGCCUAGAGGUUUAUUUUGUAUGUUGUCUUCAACUCUUUCCUGUUAUUGAUGCCAGUCCUAUACUUAGUUUGUCCACAUCAUAUGGCUAAUGAUCACAAUGCAACAAGUUG